GGUGUUGUGAACGUGUGUCUUGCUGCUAAAGAUGGCGGUCAGCAUCCGAGGCCGUCCUAUCCGAAGUGUACGGAUGCGAGGUCGGAAUGACAGUGGGGAGGAAAAUGUACCUCUCGAUCUCACAAGAGACCCCUCUGAGAACAUGCGAGAGAUCCUCCAGAAUGUGGCCAAACAGCAAGGAGUCUCGAAUAUGCGCAAACUUGGCCACCUGAACAACUUCAUCAAGCUGCUCUGCAAUGUCGGGCACUCCGAGGAAAAGUUUGGCUUUACCUAUGAAGAAAUGAUCAUAUGCUGCUCUGCAAUGUCGGGCACUCCGAGGAAAAGUUUGGCUUUACCUAUGAAGAAAUGA